UCCCUGUACUCCCACUCUCCGUAUUCCUCCCCCAUCCCAGGGGCCCUCUCUCGUCUCCUCUCCGUUUUCUCGUCGUUUGCCUUAUCCCCGUCACCUCUAUUUGUGACUCUCUUCCCUCCUCUAUACCUCUAAAGUUCGCGCUCUCUCCCUCCCUUUCUCCCUCGUUGCCUCGCUCACGCCCUCUCCCUGUCCCAGGCUGCUUUCCCCCCUCCAUCUCCGUCAUACCCCGUCUCACUUUCAUCGUAACUUCCUCCCUUGCGUCCUUCCUGGGCUUCCUCCUCUCCCUCCUUAAUACUCAACUUCUCGCUUUCUGCCCCUUCCCCCUCCCUGCUCUCUCUCCCUCUCCACCCUCCUUGUUCUGUUGCCUCUCCCCCUUCUCCCUCUCUCUCUCUCCCCUCUAUUCUCCACCACCUCUCCCUCUCCCGUUCUCCCCCUUCGUCCUCCCACUCCACAUCCAUACACUCCUGCCCUCCAUCUCUCCGUGUCCACCCUCUUUUACUCUUUUACUCUUCGUCGCCCGUCUCUUACCUCCAUUCCUCCUCGCCUCUUCACCCUCAAUUUGUACGAUUUCCUCCCUCUGCUCAUUCCCACAUCCAAUCUGUCCGAUUCUGUUCCCCAAGUUUAUUUGUGAGACGCACUGUAUGUUUCCUGUCGAGGGGAAAGUAGCACGCGCGGCUUACAGCACGCGGUUCAUUAUGAGCACUAGCAUGUUGUACUGAAAGCAAUCCUGAGUCCUGACAUCAGGAAAGGUUUCAUGUCGAUGAAUUUCUCAGUUAAUUACACGAUCUCAUCGAAUCUGUCCGCCCGAUAUCCAAUCGCCUCGGCAGUUUUCUGUAAUCUUCAGCUCUCAUGGGUGUUCUCCACUGCUCCCAACUUCCCGCCCACCGAACUACUGUGACACUCGCUUCCCCCUCGUAUUCCGCCGUUCCGAGCGCCACGCCCAGCAGCCAUGCUCGCGCUCGCUUGUCCCCGUCCUCGUAUAGUUGCGGCUUCGUCGUGUCGUCGGUCCUUCGCAACUCCGCCGCCCCGCAUUCUCCCCCGCUCCUCCCGCUCUCUCCCGACUUUUUCCCGUCGUUACGAGCGCCACCACUCGCACCACCCUUGCCACGCGCGCCGCGAAAUUUCGUUCCCGUUCCCGCGCUUCCUCUCCCUCCACGUCCCUCCUUAGUUUCCGCGUCUAGCAGAUGUAUUCCCGUAAUAUCCGCGAGUGCCACGUCAUCGGACCGCGCGUCGCCAUACUUCCUUCAGCAGGCCUUCGGAUCGCCCUUUAUCCAGUUCUCGGGUGCCGCGGGUAUCCGGACCGUCGAGCUGUCCACGUCAGACGAGACCACGUGUCGUGUUCUCAUUGACGGCGCUCGCGUGACCUCGUACCGCGCGAUGAUGUGGCACGGCGCGGCAGAGGAGGUACUGUAUGCGGCGUCGAACGAUGAUGACGUGGUCAUCGCUGACGUGGACUCCACGUCGGACGCGAGCGACUCGACCAGCCCGUGCAACCUUAUCCGAGGGGGAGUCGUCGUCAGCUUCCCCGCCAGUGGCGCGCUGACAGCUGGCAGCGGCAGGAGGGUGCCACUUGGCGAGCUGGCAGCGCGCGGCGAGUGGGAGGUGACGUCAGCAUCGAGCGCGUCGAAUGGGAGCUGGGCUAAAGUUGUGCUCUCGCAAUCGUUGACCCAAGAAUCUCUCCCUUCCUCCUCUUGGUCUGGCACCGCCUCUCUCUCUCUCACCAUCACUCUCACUCCCAACUCCCUCUCCUCCUCCCUCGCCGUACAAAACACUGCCACUCGUGGCAGCACGAGCACCACUGCCAGCAACAGCAGCAGCAACAGCAGCAGCAGCAGCAGGACAGAGCAGCCCUCUAGCGAUCUUCUCUUCGCCCCCUCCCUCGCCGCCCACCUCUCUCUCUCCACCAUCAAUGGGGCCCGCCUGAUUGGCUGCAAAGGUGUGCGGUACUGUAGCAGCGGCAGCGGGCGGCAGCAGAGACUGCAGCAGGAGAGAGGGGGGGCAGGUGGGGGAGGCUUAUGGGGAAUGGGGAGCUUGUUUGGGCAGUUGGGCAGCAAGAAACAGAGCAGUGGGAGGGCGGAGGAAAGCGCCGGGUCGCAAGAGGGCAAGGGGAGAGUAGCAGCCACAGCAGCAGCAGCAACAGUAGCAGCAGCAGUGACAAGCGCAGCAGCAGCAGAGGCGGGUUCAGGAGCAGGUCCAGUUGACAAGGAGAUGGUUGGGAGGUUGAGAGGGUUGUGGAGGGACGUAGUGGAGGGAGGGGAGGAGGGUGUAGAGAGGGCAGACUAUGCUGAUAUCGAGGCGCCUUUAAAGCGGAUUUUUCUGGACGGUCCUGACUCGGUCACUCUUCUAGACAGGGGUCGCCGGCUCUCCUUCCGCCUCUCAGCCGUUGGAUUGGGCGAUCUGACGGUGCACGCAGCAGAUGAGACCUGUGGCCUGCCGGACUGGGACGAGUUUCUCUGCAUCGGCUUCUCUCGCGCCCGCCACCCUCUCACCCUUGCUGCCGGCCAAUCAUGGACCGGCACUUUCACGCUUACCAACCUCGGCGCCCCGUGAUUCAAUCUAAAUGCUCGAUUCAACUCUGCAGCGGAUUCUCCCGUGCCCGCCACCCUCUCUGCAUAGCUGCCCGACCAAUCGUGGACCGGCUCUUUUUUGGGGUACACACUGUCACCUGGUCGAAGAUGGGGAUGGGUGCCCGUUGCGUAACCACCAGGACCACAGCAUCUCCCCCUUGGCAUCAUUGCUUAUGCUACCAAUGCCAGUGUUGCUCUUCUCCGUGGUAGCUUCUGUGCGCAGGCAUAGUGCGUAUUGAUGUCAUGAUGGUGUAUGGACCAAAAGUUGUGUGGGAUGUGCACGCUAGUCACAAUGCAUGGGUAAGAGUGUCCAUGGUAUAUGAAACCCUUGGUUUUUCAUCUUAAAAACCCCAGUUGAUAUCUUUAU